UAGCUACAUUCAGAAAUGCUAUCCUUCAUGCUCAGUCUAUAAAUACUACAGCUUCAGGUUCACAUCUCCACACCUCAACAAUCAAUUAAUUCUCUUUUCACUCUUCCUUUGAUCAUUUCCCAGAUCACUAGCAAUCAUCAUGGGUGUUUUCACAUACGAAUCUGAGGUUGUUACUACAAUCCCACCAGCCAAGAUGUUUACGGCUUGUAUCCUUGAUGGUGACAAGCUCAUUCCCAAGAUUGUUCCCCAGGCUUUUAAGAGUGUUGAGUACAUUGAAGGCAAUGGUGAGCCUGGGAGCAUCAAGAAAGUUACUUUUGGAGAAGGAAGCCAAUUCAAUUACAUGGAGCAGAAGGUAGAAGCACUAGACAAAGAAAAUUUCGUGUAUAGUUACAGUGUGAUCGAAGGCGAUGCUUUGAUGAACAUGCUUGAGAAAAUCACUUACGAGACCAAGUUAGAGCCCUCACCAGCUGGGGGAUCCCUAUGUAAGACUACUAGUAAGUAUUACACCAAAGGUGACUUUGAGCUCAAGGAAGAGGGAGUCAAGGCAGGCAAAGAAAAGGCCUUGGGAAUGUUCAAGGCUGUUGAAGCCUACCUCCUGGCAAAUCCUGAUGCCUACUAAAAAUCCCAAUAUUGAGAUAGCAUCUACUUCAAUGAUCAUACAAAUGUGCUUGAGUAAGAGAGUUGCCUUUUCCUUUUUUACUACUUGUAAGCUUUUGCAGUUGUUGGUCCAUGUGACCUUCAGAUU